GAUGAAGUUGAGAGUCUUGCUGCUGCACGGCAGGCUGCAUUGUCUGGUUCUGAACCAUCAGAUUCCAUUAGGGUUGUGAAUGCAUUGCUAACUCAGAUGGACAGACUAAAAUGUUGGCCAAAUGUGAUCAUUCUGACAACAUCAAACAUAACCGCUGCAAUAGAUAUUGCUUUUGUUGAUCGAGCAGACAUCAAGGCAUAUGUUGGCCCCCCGACUCUACAAGCACGAUACGAGAUAUUGAGGUCCUGUUUACAAGAACUUCUGCGUACUGGAAUUCUCAGAUUCUCUCAGGGUCGUGAGGAUCUUGUGCUUCCAAACUAUUCAACCCUAAAAGAGAAGCUUCAUGCCUCAGAAAUGGGGGAGCCUGGUGAAUCUCUGUUACUGUUCAGAAGAUUACUCGAAGCUGCAGAAGCUUGCCAGGGGUUAAGCGGUAGAGCGUUAAGAAAGCUUCCUUUCCUGGCUCACGCAGCUCUUACUAACCCUAAUGGUUGUGAUCCCGCACAAUUCACAGACAUCUCAUGGACAAUGGAAGAGGUGAUGUGGUGGUAUCAUGGGAGCCUACUAAGGGCGAUCCAGGGUUACACAUUCUUCUGUCCGGUUUUGCCCUUACAUAGUGGAAAUAGUGCAUCUUAGACAAAUAAGGGAGGGAUCUCCCCAAAAGAAUCUAGCUGAUCCAUCUGGUCGAACGCUAAGGGCAGUUGACAAGGACUUUUGACAAGUAGUCUCUCGGCCUUAGGGCCACUCGAUCUAACGACAGCUGAACGGCUAACCACAUCAGUGGGCUUCAUGGGGAUGUUAAUGUGCAGGCUAAAAUGUCCUUAUUAUACCUACAAACUCUAGGGGUUCAACAUGUGAAUAUAAAGACCUGUUCCUAUAAAUAUGAGUCAAUUUCAUGUAUAAAGGUUAUGCAAAAAUAGUGUUCA